UAAAUGGUUUAUGUACGACAAGUGCCAUGAAAAGUACGUUAGUUUUCUACUUUUCAUGCGAUAAUUCAGUGACAGACGACACGACACUCAGCUGUGUACUCUGAGACUGUCAGCUGUGUGUGGCAGAGGUGCUGUGAAACAUGGGGAAAAUUGCGUGUGGCCCAGUGGUGGAGGUGCUUGGUGAUGAGAUGACCCGUAUCAUCUGGGACAUAAUCAAGCAAAAGCUUAUCCUACCUUUCUUGGAUAUUGAACUUCAUACUUACGAUCUGGGUAUUGAAAACCGUGAUGCCACUAACGACCAGGUCACGAUUGACUGUGCACAUGCCAUCAAGAAAUACAGCGUAGGCGUCAAGUGUGCCACAAUUACACCUGAUGAAAAGAGGGUGGAAGAGUUCAAUUUAAAGAAGAUGUGGAAGUCACCUAAUGGCACUAUACGUAAUAUCCUUGGUGGCACAGUGUUCAGAGAAGCUAUUAUAUGCCAGAAUAUACCUCGUCUUGUCCCAGGAUGGCAGAAACCAAUUAUUAUCGGCCGUCAUGCUCAUGCUGACCAGUACAAAGCUGUUGACUUUGUGGUACCUGGUGCUGGAAAGUUAGAGAUCAAGUGGAUUUCCUCAGAUGGUAAUGAUUCCGUUCAACAUGUCAUCCACAACUUUGAGGGUGCUGGAAUUGCCUUGGGAAUGUUCAACACUGAUGAGUCAAUUACAGGAUUUGCCCAUGCAUCAAUGGUGUAUGCACUGGAUCGCAAGUUACCCUUGUAUUUGUCUACUAAAAACACUAUUCUCAAGAAAUACGAUGGCCGCUUCAAGGAUAUUUUCCAGGAGAUAUAUGAUAACGAAUACAAGGCCAAAUUUGAGGCUGCAGAAAUCUGGUAUGAACAUAGACUCAUUGAUGAUAUGGUUGCACAAGCUAUGAAAAGUGAAGGGGGCUUUGUGUGGGCCUGCAAAAACUAUGACGGGGAUGUCCAGUCAGAUUCUGUGGCUCAAGGAUUUGGCUCCUUAGGUAUGAUGACCUCCGUCCUGGUGUGCCCUGAUGGCAAGACCCUGGAGUCAGAGGCUGCCCAUGGCACAGUCACACGUCAUUACCGUCAACACCAGCAAGGCAAGGAGACGUCUACCAAUCCCAUUGCUUCAAUCUUUGCUUGGACUCGUGGUUUGGCCCACCGUGCAAAGCUCGAUGAUAAUGAACCCUUGGCUAGAUAUGCAACAUCUCUGGAGCAAGUGUGUGUGGAUACUAUUGAAUCAGGGUCCAUGACCAAGGAUUUGGCCAUUUGCAUCAAGGGAAUGGCCAGUGUGACUCGCAGUGAUUACCUCAAUACAUUCGAGUUUAUGGAUAAGCUUGCUGAAAAUUUGCACAAGAAGAUAUCUAUAUGACUCGUUAUUCCUGAACUCCA